UAUCGCCCAUAAUGCCUCGGCGUUCCAGUAUCAAACCUAACAUCAUUCGUUUGUGCAUAUUUUCAUACUACUGUCUUUGGUACAGUACUGAGGUGUAUUACGUAUUGCAAAGGACACCGUUUAAGAACUAAACGAAUAAAACCGGAAUUAAACGGGGAAGGACCUAGACCAAAUUGUCCAACAGAAACUCUCGUUUUAGUUGAAAAACGUUUUCCGUUUGGAGUAAACGCUUUCUGAUUCUAAACGUUUAGCAAUGACGAAACGGAAUCGGCGUAAUGAAUUACAAAAAGUUUCUUAAGCGGAAGCAAACAGAGCGAAACGGGAAGGAUGAACCUGAAUUUAUACAAUAGAAAAAGUUUCGUUUUGAAACUGUUUGGACUAAUGAUUACACCACAGGUUGGUGAGCAUGCGCACUGACUCAACUACGAAAUAUGGCGGCUGACGACUGCUAGAGAAAAGUGUUGGGAUCUGAUACAUUUCGUUCAAAAGCUGCCCUGAUCAGUACUACAGGGCCAUAGUUGCAUACUGGGUGGACCACCUGCCUGUCAUUCCCAUUGCCUCAUAGAAUAACCACAUUACCCUGGAUCCAUCAUGGGCAGGACUUCAGUCAAAGAUCAGAAGGAGAAAGCAGGAAGUCUCCUUCCUCCACGUCCCACUCCUGCUAAAGAGUCGUUCAGUUGGGAGGAGUACCUGAAGGAAACAUCAUCUACGCCGGCUCCACCUAGCUUCUUCAGACAGUCCAGAGUCCCUCCCUCCAAUGACUUCAAGGUGGGGAUGAAGCUGGAAGUCCAUGAUCCUCGGAACUCCACCUCGGUGUGCAUCGCCACUGUGAUGGGCAUGACGGGUGUGCGUCUGCGCCUUCGUCUGGAUGGCAGUGACAACACCAAUGACUUCUGGAGGCUGGUUGACUCCUCAGACAUCCAGCCUAUAGGAACCUGUGAAAAGAAUGGGGACAUGCUGCAGCCGCCGCUGGGCUUCAGAAUGAAUGCGUCUUCCUGGCCAAUGUUUCUGCUGAGAACCCUGAAUGGAGCAGAGAUGGCCCCGGCUACUGCUUUUAAAAAGGAGCCUCCACCGCUGUCCCAGAAUAACUUUAAGCCAGGGAUGAAGCUGGAAGCAGUAGAUAAGAAGAACCCCUACCUCAUCUGCCCUGCUACCAUCGGAGAGGUGAAGGGGGGGGAAGUGUUUGUGAUGUUUGACGGGUGGAGGGGGGCGUUUGACUACUGGUGUCAACACCACUCCAGAGAUCUCUUCCCUGUUGGAUGGUGCUCCGUUACCAAACACAGCCUGCAGAAGCCUGGCAACAGUGUCAACCUGCCAAAGAACCUGCAUGUCAUAACACCAGCCCACAUCCCCUCCAAGCCUAGCCGUCGAUCCAUUCCUGCUCCCUUCCGGCUUCCCAACCCCCUGCCUCCGCUGCCUGUUAGGAAGGGGGUGCGGGGGCGGCGCCCCAAGAGUGAGACCAUCGCCCUGCUGAAGGCUGUAGCUGAGGAAGCUGCAGCUCAGAACGGCACUGCUCCAACCUCUAACUCACACCUGGCUCCCAGGCCUCACAAGAAGAGAGGCCCUAAACCUGGCAGCAAGAGGAAGCCCAAGGUGCUCCAGAACGUUGUGUCUUCAGAUGCUGCGGAUGCCAAGCUGUCAGGGGGUCAACAGGACUGCUUCAGCUCUGUGGUCUCGACAGUGUGUGUGUAUGUGAACAAGCAUGGGACCUGUGGGCCUCACCUGGACAGGAAGCAGAUGCAGCGUCUUCCGGACCACUUUGGGCCAGGUCCUGUUAACGCGGUGCUCCAACAGGCAGUUCAGACUUGUCUAGACUGUUGUUACCAACCAAAGGUGCUGCUCAGAACUCUACAGGCACAUGCUGGGGGAGGAGAGGCUGUCAGUGUGAGGAUGGAUGGAGGAGUUCGUCUGGUAAAGCUGCCCUCAGCCUCCAGCGCCUCCUUCGUGCUCCGCUUCCUAGAGACGCUGUGUCGCACGCUGCAGAGUAAUUUCCUCUUCAGCUCCCAGCCCUUCAGCCACAUAUACACCUACAGUAAAUAUGUGAAGGAGGAGGCGUUGGAGGCCCCAUCACUGAGCCAGGGGAUUAAACGUCUGUCUAGAGACUCGUCCCCCUACGCAGCCCCCCUUUCCCCUAAACUACUGCGCACCGAGGCACACCUUUCAGAAGAUACUAUGCCCCGUGAGGAGAACAGCCUUCUGAAGGAGCAGUGCUUCAUGGACUCUAACUCCAUGACGCCACGCCCCAAGACGCUGCGCAGCACCUCUGACUACCACACCCACUCCCAGGCCAGCAGCCCCUAUUACCCAUGCCAUGGCCCCGGACGCACUCACAGCACACCACUGCACCGCCAUGCCUCCAACCCUGCGGACCUCCCCUGUACACACAGAGGAGUGGAAGCCGCCAGCUCCACCACGGGCCCCGAGCCCACGGGCCCCGAGCCCACGGGCCCUGACAGACCGACCCCCAGGGGGGCGGGGUUGGGCAGGAACCCCUCUACCUGGUCUAUCGAUGAGGUCAUGCAGUUUGUAAGCGACGCCGACCCCUCAGCCCUAGCCCCGCACGCUGAGCUGUUCAGGAAACACGAGAUUGACGGCAAGGCCCUAAUGCUGCUGAGGAGUGACAUGGUGAUGAAGUACAUGGGUCUGAAGCUGGGGCCCGCCUUGAAGCUGUGUCACCACAUAGAGCGGCUGAAACAGGGCAAACUGUAGAGCUGAAACACAGAAUGGAAAAGGGCAAACUGUAGAGGUGAAACACAUAUAUACUGAAACAGGGCAAACUGUAGAGGUGAAACUGGAGAGCUGAAACACAGACAAACAGGGCUAACUGUAGGGCUGAAACUGUAGAACUGUAACAGACUGAAACAGGGCAAACUGUAAGGCUGAAACAGGGCAAACUGUAAGGCUGAAACAGGGCAAACUGUAGAGCUGAAAGACACAGGCUGAAACAGGGCAAACUGUAGUAGGUCCCAGAUUAGCCCAGCCUCACAGACCCCAGAUGAAUCACAGCUCACCCUACCACAGAAUGUCCCACAGCGUCCCUUACAGGUGACCCAAUACUCAACCUCUAACAGUCUCUUCAAGGGCACACAGCCCCCUCCAACUCUAGCCCCCAGCCUGCCCUAAGCCCUCUUUAUCUCUGAGCUCUGUCACUCCCGUUAUGUUAUCUGUGGUAACAUGCCUCUAACAUACAGACAGUGUGGAAACAUGGAAACACACGGUGUGGAUCAGUGGAAACAUGCGUCGUGCAUCGCUGACACCACAUUACCUCAUCUCCUCCCCAGCCAAUCAGAGCUGGGCAAGCCAAACAGAGAGAAGGCUGUGAUUGGUUGGAUCCCAAAUCAACAGACUCUCUCCAUAGUGUUUACAUUGAAUAGCACAGACUGACUAACCUACACUAGGACAUGCUAAGACUUUUUACUGAGUUAUGUUUGAUCUUGGUUCUGGAUCCCAAAGAUGUACAAUGUUUUCUUCUAUGACGUUAUGUUUUUAUUAUUAAUAUCCUGAUAAUAAGGAGGAUGUGUAUAUAAAUGGAACCGUGACGAUAUUAGAAGCUAAACCUGUUUACAGCUGCAGAAUGUCUGUUGUCUAUUUCAAUUCCUGUUAGUUCAAGAAUGUGUCCAUGAUGCUGGAUGAUCUGCAGUUUAAGGUAGACCUUUGGCCUGUUGCCAUGACGGUCACUAGCCUCUCAUGGUAAAGGGUGAAAUGUGUUAAUAUUGUUAGCAGGUGACUUUCCCCAAUGUAAGAUGGCCAUUGUCUUAAACAGCUAGACGUUAUAUCUAAUGCCUGUCAGACUGACAGACCAUCAACCUCCAACCAGUGGAGAUAUUCAGCCAGUUCUUUUGAAACUCUAAUUCCCUGUGACUGUGGUGUUUGAUGUGGGUCAUGCUGUUAGAGAGAUCGCCCCUACUGGUGGUGUCAAGCACAGAGGCUUUGUCCAGUUUUCAUCAAGACAAAACUGUCUAGAAAGAUUAUUUAAAUUUAUUUCCAGAAGUUAUUUCAGAUGACUGGUCAGUGAUUCUAGAAGUUAUUUCAGAUGACUGGUCAGUGAUUCUAGAAGUUAUUUCAGAUGACUGGUCAGUGAUUCUAGAAGUUAUUUCAGAUGACUGGUCAGUGAUUCUAGAAGUUAUUUCAGAUGACUGGUCAGUGAUUCUAGAAGUUAUUUCAGAUGACUGGUCAGGGAUUCUAGAAGUUAUUUCAGAUGACUGGUCAGGGAUUCUAGAAGUUAUUUCAGAUGACAGCUCGUUCUAGUUUCAAGAGUAAAGGGGACAUCAUAUUAAAGGGCUUUCUAUCUAGGUUUCAGUUUGAUAUUAAAGGUGCUACACACAGGAUUUUUUUAAUUUAAUUUUUGUGUUGUAAUUUCAGAAAAUGUCCAUAAUAUAUCUGCAGAAAUAGUUUCACAGUAUUGCUUACCGGCCAGCGUUGUGAUUGACUGUGAUAUUCGCCUCAAAAUGUAAUAGUUUUGACUUUGUGACUGUGUUAUCUAGUGGGAAUCGCUCUGAAGUUGAUAUUUGUACAAUGAUUCCCUACACUAUUCAGUGCUUGUUUUCUCACAUAAACUCAAAUUGAGCGAACAGUGUAGCACUUUAACAACCAGGGAAUUACAAAAACAAUUAUUUCCACUAAAUAACAGUUUGAAUUUACAAUGCAAAAAUUCGACGACAAAUCCUGUGUAGCGUCUCUUAAUAUUAGCACCAGUCGGCGAUAUCCUCACCUGUUAUUGGUCCCUUCAGGACGUCAUGUCAGUUGGACCAUUUGUUAAAACAGAUUUAUGGGUUUAACCAUAAAUAUCAGACACAAGAAUGUACAUUUUUGUAGAAAAUAAAUAUUUUAAUGAGAUUAUAUAUAAGUAGAAAUGUGAAGAUUAUGGGUGAGGGAGGGACAAUAUAUUUCAUACUGCCUUUUUAAUGCUUUGUAUAUCUUUUAGUUGAAACGGCCUCAACAUAAUGCAACAGAAGCUGCCUUGCUUUACUAUGAGAUCUCUCGGGGUCUUAGUUAAUAGAAACGUUUGUAGCGUUCUGUUCUGGGUAUUCUAAACCAUUCUUCUGUUGUUGGUGAGUUGAAGUUAAGGACUCGUUGUGCCAUAAAGCAACACAAGAACAUAGUGUUCUUGUUAAAGUCUUUUAAAGCAGCUCAAAUUACUUGAAAAAGAUGCUGUAAGUCAUGCUUGUUUAUAAAGUCACACCUGAAAUAAAAGUGUGUUUUCUGUUUAA